CCUGACAGUCACUGCAUUUGGAGCGCAGUAAGGGAAGCAAAGGACGAAUGCGCAUAAACCUUGCUCUGAUCCGCAUACAGCACAGCCACCCUACCUUCUGAUUUCCUACCACGAUGGCUGAGCAAGCUGAACUCGCAUUCGUUAACACCUUUUUGAACACGAUAAUGUCGCAGCCUGUUACCUAUCCCGAUGAUUACCACCAACCGCCUGAGAACUCGUUGAAGAAGGUGCCUGUGCUGCAGGUGCCGCUGCCUGCACCGCCUCAGCGGAAGCAAGAAGAGGCUGGAUCGUCAUCAUCAGCGAUCACUCUCACCUUCAAAUCGCUGAAACCCGCCUCUUCGACUACCCUUAGAGUAUCGCCCUCUGAUACGGUUCUUUCCAUCAAAUCACAACUUUCCCCAGCGAAUCCGGCAGCUGUUCGUCUGUUGCUCAAGGGCAAGGCUCUCGCUGAUAACAAGCUCCUGCUCGAGUACCCUGUCCACGACGGAGACAUUGUUAAUCUCAUUCUGAAAGACGUACCGCCCCCUGAUCCCCCUGUCAUUGUUGCGCCCACUCCGAUGAAGCCUGCGCCGAUUACCACUGCCACUCCUGCUACGCCCUCUCGUCACACCCGUAUCCCAUCCGUGGUUCUCUCACCUUCGCCAUCCCCAUCGGCGGACAAGCCUUUGGAUAUCUCUCUUUCCCUCGACACUGACCUGCCUUCACCAACACGACCUUCUGCGUCUACGUAUCAUAAUGCGCUCGCCAAGCCAGAGAUGUGGGACCGGCUGUAUUCAUUCUUGAGGACCGAGUUCACUACAGACUCGGAUGCUCAACAGGCUUUCGAGGACUUUUUGCGCGCAGGCAAGACUGUCCUCACUGCCAAUGAGGUCGCGCGUAUCAGAGACCAUGUUGGUGUCGUAGGAAUGGCGGGGACGUAGAAUCAUAAACAAAUUCUUGGUCUAUUUAUAUCUAGGGGAUGUCUCAGGCCAAUACAGCCUUGCAUCAAUCUGAUGUUCGUUCGCAACCGCGAGAGUUCUUUUAAGUUUUGUGUAU